AUGGGAGGAUAUCAGGGCAUCGAACUGGACUUGAGGACAACAGUAGCUGAAGGAGUGAAAGCGAACGAGAUAGACGUACGGAAGAGUCACUUCGGGGUGAACUACAUCGCCCCUCCUCCUCUGACUCCUUUUUGGAAAUUCUGUUGGGAAGCGUUGCAAGAUCCGACCCUACAGUUCCUUUGCUUCUCUGCUUCUGUCUCGUUGGCCGUAGGAUUCGGUAUCGAGGAGGAGCGAAGAUGUUACGGCUACUCCGACGGGAUUGCCAUCCUCGUGGCUGUGGCUGUUGUCGUCCUGGUUGGAGCAGCGCAAGAAAGCGCAAAGGAGAAGCAGUUCAGAGAUCUCACUGACUCGGCGUCGGACGAGCUUGUCAACGUCAUUCGGGAUGGGACUCAGGUGAGAGUAUCGAACAGAGAGGUUGUUGUGGGAGACUGUGUUGUUCUGUCGACCGGAGACAUCAUAUGCGCGGACGGGCUGGUGUUUGAAAGGAACACUCUCAAGAUCUUCGAGGGAGCUCUAACGGGAGAGUCGAAUGCCAUCAGUAAGGGUCAGUAUGAAUUCAAGGAGAAAGGAACCUUCGAGGUCGUCAAGUCUCUUUUGUUGGUAUCAGUUUUGCCUGAUGUGAACGUGCAGAUUCCCAAAGAUGACGACUUGACAAAGUUCUUCCCUGCGAACACAAGCCUGUCCAUAGAGCAGAUGCGCGACAAGUAUGAGCCGACGCCCUCAAAGACUCCGUUGGUGUUCAAGGGAACUCAAGUGCAGGACGGGGAAGGAAAGAUGAUUGUGAUAGCUGUGGGCAAGAACACUUACGAGCAGCUUCUCUUGGGAGACAGAGAUGACGGCGACGACGAAGAGGAGUCGGACAGGAGUAUCAUGCAGCGCAAGCUGGACGACAUGACCAUACUCAUCACGAAAGUUGGAGCAAUGUUCGGCCUGGGGAUCCUCUUCGUUCUUCUGCUUCGCUUUGCGAUCAGCUUUGGUCAGAAGGACUGCUGCUACGAGGCCUGGGACCACUCGAGGCACUGGAUGCAGCUGAUCAAGUUCAUCAUCAUCUCCAUCACCAUCUUCGUGGUGGCAGUUCCUGAGGGUCUCCCACUCGCUGUCACCAUCGCCCUUGCGUUCUCAGUGAAGAAGAUGAUGACGGAUAAGAAUAUGGUCAAGCACAACAGCGCGGUAGAGACGAUGGGAUCGGCUACGACCAUCUGCUCGGACAAGACGGGAACUCUGACGACGAGCAUGAUGACUGUGAUGAAGUGCUGGGCCGCCGACUCCUCCUCCGAUCCCUCAUCCAUGAGGUCAGCCAAGGAGAAGCUCAAAGAGCUCAUGUGUGCAGCGAUGACGAUCAACACCUCCGAGAAGACGGACAUCGUAGCCAAGAUACAAAAGAAAAAGGACAAGAGUGGCGCUGAAGUCCAGGAGAUCGUCAAGCUCGACGGAAGGGUGGUGGAGGCCUACAGCGGGAACGCAACGGAGUGUGCGAUGCUCAAGUUUGUGAACCUGCUGCAUGACUUCCGGGGUGAUCCCGGGAGCGACAGUAUGCCGUACAAGAGCUACAGGAAGAGCUUCCCAGAGUCGAUGCCCGGUCGUUCGAGCAUCACCUUCUCCUCCAAGAGGAAGAGGAUGAGUACGUUUGUUCCGAUGCCCGCGGGCUCUCCUGCUCCUUUCCGCCUCUACUGCAAGGGAGCGUCGGAGAUGGUGGUCAAGCUCUGCAGCACGUACUGCAACGAGGAGGGUCAGGCCAUAAGCCUCAACCCUGAGGUCUCCAAGAGGAUCGAGGAAGCCAUUGACAACUUCGCUGACUCUGGUCUUCGUACCAUCGCAGUCGCAUACAAGGACUGCGCGGAGAGUCUUGUCCAGAGCGACGGCGUGCUGCCGGAGAGCGCAGAGAGCGAGCUGACGCUGAUCUGCAUCGUGGGGAUAGAGGACCCGCUGAGAGAGGAGGUGCCGGGUGCCAUCCAGACCUGCAGGCAGGCAGGCAUUGUCGUGCGCAUGGUCACGGGAGACAACCUGAGCACGGCGAAGGCGAUAUCGAGGAAGGCAAACAUCCUGACGGAGGCAGGAGAGCGAGAAGGGAGGGAGAUCGCCUUGACCGGCGAGCAGUUCCGCCAGAUGGUCCUGACGCAGCAAAAUGCAGAGCACCCCGAGCGUUGUAUCAAUCAAGCCGAGUUUGACAAGAUCUGGCCGAAGCUCCGCGUCCUCGCGCGUUCCACCCCAACAGACAAACUUGUGCUGGUGACGGGCAUCCAGAACAGCAGGAUCACCGUUGACGCGGGGAUCGGAGUCAAGCAGUCGCGGCAGGUGGUGGCGGUGACGGGGGACGGGACCAAUGACGCCCCUGCACUGAAACAGGCAGACGUCGGCUUUGCCAUGUUCAUUAACGGGACGCAAGUGGCACAACAGGCGGCUGACAUUGUCAUCCUCGACGACAACUUUCAGUCCAUCGUCGCAGCUGUCAAGUGGGGGAGAUGCGUGUACGACAACAUCUGCAAGUUCCUUCAGUUCCAGCUCACCGUCAACAUCGUCGCCUGCGUCCUCGCUACGGUAGGAGCUGCAACGCUCACGGAGAGUCCCAUCACAGUCAUCCAGCUGCUGUGGGUCAAUCUCAUCAUGGACUCUUUUGCCUCCCUCGCACUUUCAACUGAGGAUCCCAACAGAUCUCCAGGGCUGAAGGAGCAGUUGCUUUCCCGCAACCCCUACCCGCGCACUGACCCUAUCCUCUCCAAGAUCAUGGUCAAGAACAUGUUCGCACACGCCCUGACACAGCUCGCCAUCCUCUUCUGGCUCAUCUUCGGCAUCGGCGACAUCUGUAUGGAGGGAGCAGACGUCAACACCUGCGCUGAAGGGCCCGUGUUCAAAAAGCUGUCAAAAAUUGAUUUGAGGAGCGGAAGACCUCCUGAGUUUGACAACCAGUGGGCUGAUCUGCAUAACUGCGUUCCUUAUUUCCAGCUUUCAAACCCGAUGUCUUUCUACAACGUAUCCAAUGGUAUCUCCUUGGACGCAAGCAAUGAGUUCAACUUCACCGGGUAUGCACAUCUUCGUUCCAACUCCUACUGCAUGGAUGCGCACGGCUGCGGGUCAAAGUCCCAGCACAUGACAAUGAUUUUCAACGAGUUCAACUCCAGGAAGAUUCAUAACGAGUUCAACGUCUUCAAAGGCGUGCUUCAGAGCCCGAUGUUCAUGGCCGUUAUCAUCGGGACUCUUGGAGUACAGGUCAUCCUCAUUCAAGUGAAUCCUAUCAACAUGGGGUUCGGCUGCACCGCCCUCAACGGCUGGCAGUGGGGCCUCUGCGCAGGGCUGGGGUUUAUAUCGAUACCCAUCAACUUCCUCUUCCACUACAUCCCUUGCGAGUGGAUCCCCCUUGGAUCCUGGGCCGGCGGACUCAAUUCGGAGGAUAUUGACGAGGAGCUGGAGAAGGAGAAGAAGGAGCUCGGACAGCCGCUCAGCACCGUGUCCAACUGA